GUCCAUGCGACAUUCCAUUAUAGAUAUUGCAAACAUGCUCUAGUUUUAUGUCAUUCUAGCUAACCUAAAGCAAUAAGGAUGUCAUUUUACUUGUAUCUCACCUUUUGGAUAUCAUGCUGCGGAACAAUCUUCUGAAGUUUGUUGGUGAGUGUUGGUUGCCAAUGAAACACCAGAGUGGAAGGGGGUGGCAAGCCUACCCAAGUUCAUGUUAGUUUUGCCUGUUUCUCCCAUGGCUGUAGUUAAGUGGAACUCCAAUAGGAGUUACUGGGUCAAAGAGGAGCCCUGGUAGCUUUUCAAGGAUAUUAUGGGGGUGUCAUCAUCACUGGUUGUGCAUGUCAUUUGGCCUGCUUCAAACUUGGAGCCAAGCUCUAGAUCGCUAGAGAGUUGCAGCAGCUUCUUCCCAGGAGAUGCGGUAGUGUUUGGUGAGCAAAAUGUGUAUCGUAUCGUCUAUAGCAUCAAUCAAGCUCACAUCAAGGCUGGGAUAUUGCAGAGCAGACAGGAUGUGCCACUCAGUAAGCUUAUCGCAAUCUAUUUACUGAAAUAAUUCAGCUAUCUAUUAUGUUCUAGUUUGGGAAGUUGAAUGAUCAAAUUUACUGGGGAAUGAAUGAAAUAGAACUAUAGAAGUAAGGAAUGUAGAGCAGGGGAAACUGAUUUCCUUAUCCAGCUAGGAGUGCAAGACAGGUAUACUGUUUUGCACAGAGAAUGAAUGAAACAGAAUCGUAUUAAUAAUCGUCUGAUAAUCUAACUGGCUAGCUACAGGCUGAUUAGCGAUGCAUGGAGCAUCGCCCGUAUGUGUUUAUAUUUGCCCUUGCACAAUUCUCUGAAUCUAUAUAAGUUCUUAUCCUGUUGGGUUUAAUAAUUCGAGAAGCAAUAGGCAGUUUGAGUUUUUACAUACAAGACAAUUAAACUUGAGCUAAUUUUGUUGUAACUAAACUCUCAAUUUUUGUGGUCGCGAUAUUAUGUACUUCUCUUUAUAAUUUCUAUAUGUUUAAUAUGCAAGUGAUUUUGGUUUCUUUGGCUGCAUGCGAUACUUUUAUUUUAUUAACCGGCUUUCUGGCAACAAACGAGUAUUUCAAGUGUCUUGCGUGAAUUUAGAACACCUGAUUUUAGCAAUAUAAUGCUCAGUUAUGUUAUGGUUUGCAAGGUUUUGUAUCAUCCAGUUGUACUCAAAGGCCUUCUUUGAGUGGCUGAAGCAUGUUUGAACUUGAUUUUCUCUUUUAAUAAGAACAUGCAUAACCAAAAAUUUAUCGCCGACCCAAAAAAAGUUGGGACAAAGCUUUGUUGAGUUGAGUAUUAUG